AUGGACAGAGUAAGGCUAGUUUUUCAGCAGCUUCUAGCUGAAUUGGAUGAGGUACGUAGCGUUGCUGGUGCACUUGCGAGUGAUAAGGAGCGCGAUUAUAAAUUUUAUCAACAAAUGCUAGCAUGUAUUGAAAAUUACAUUGCAGGAUCAGAUAGUGACACACGUGGCGUUACUAGACAUAACACUGAUGCACAUAAAGAUGACAGGAAUGCUACACACAGUGACAACGAUCGUUCUCGUAGCCCUAUAAAGUUGAAUGAAAACUCUGCGGUUAAUUCGGAUCAUGAAAUAACAUUAGAUCAAGAUGUAAGCUCCGAUGAGGAAUUUUACAGGAAAAGGCGAGGCGAUCAAACUGUACGUAGUCGUACUGUUAAGGCGACGGUGAUGAAAUCAAAACAAGAGCACAAAGCACUUGUUAUAAGUAACUUACCUCCCUUAACUAAACCCGAUAUUGCACCCGCUAAAAGCAACACAGAGAGUACGGGUAAAAAUAAAAAUAUGACUAAAUCUCCUUCUAAGGUGAACAAUAAUGAUGAGGAUAAAAUGAAUAACGCUAAAAAUUCUGAUAUUGAAGAGAAUGUAGAAAAUGCAAAGACAGUUGAUAACGAAAUAAUGGAUACUUCCUCUGCUGCUAAUGAGCAGAUUAGAACUUCAAAAAUAGACACUACUACGCAAAAUAAUGACCUUGAAGCGGAAUUUGUUAAGAAAAGUAGAGUUCCGCCCAUUACCAUCAGAGUUAGUAAUAAAAUUUUUCAAAAUUUAAGAAACACAUUCAUUGAGAGAAACAUAGAUGUCAUGAGUAAAAAUACCCCUAAAGGUAUUAAAAUUUUUGCAAAGGAUGCUAAUGACUACAAAGUCAUUGUUAGACUACUUCGUGCUGCCAAAUAUUGA